AUGUGGCAGACGAUUUCAAUGGCAAUGAAAUCAGAAUAUGUUCCGUCCCAUUUGAGGACUGCUCUUUCGGGAAUUGCAGGUUCCACUUCGUAA